UCUGCCUGCACUCACAUAGCAAGCUGAGCGGAGAGAUGAGAGGAGAGCAGUGGGAUUGUUUUUGGCUGAGAAUAACAACAGCAGCAGAUGUUUGAAGAAAAUUGCCUUUCUUGGUAAGAAGGAACACUGGCAAAGAUUUUUUCAUUCUCCCUCAUGGAUGCCGAGGUUGUCCUCCAGAUAAUGAGGAUGACUGAGAAGAGCACUCGUUGAGAUUUUAACACUGACAACCCAGAUGGACAAAUAACAACGGAAAAAGGAGACUUAACCCAAAAAGACAGGGAAUAUAAAAGGACAAAUUAUGAACACCACAGAACACCACGGACUGAUCCAAGGCUACCAUAACAGGAGCCAAACCUCAGGCAUUUUGCCACUUAACAAAGACUUAUCAGCUGAGGAGAAGGAUUCAUCGGCAGGAUGCUACGAACAGCUGCUGAUUUCCACAGAGGUUUUCCUCACUUUGGGCAUCAUCAGCCUGCUGGAGAACAUCUUGGUUGUUGCUGCUAUAGUCAAAAACAAGAACCUUCACUCGCCCAUGUACUUUUUCAUCUGUAGCCUCGCUGUUGCUGACAUGCUUGUUAGUGUCUCCAAUGCCUCUGAGACUAUUGUCAUAGCGCUCAUCAAUGGGGGCAGCCUGACCAUUCCUGUGACGUUGAUCAAAAACAUGGACAAUGUGUUUGACUCUAUGAUCUGUAGCUCUCUGUUAGCAUCUAUCUGCAGCUUGCUGGCCAUUGCAGUUGAUCGCUACAUCACCAUCUUCUACGCGCUGCGAUACCACAACAUUGUCACCCUGCGAAGAGCAAUGUUGGUCAUCAGCAGCAUCUGGACGUGCUGCAUCAUGUCUGGUAUCCUGUUCAUCAUCUACUCAGAGAGCACCACAGUGCUCAUCUGCCUCAUCAUCAUGUUUUUCACCAUGCUGGUGCUCAUGGCGUCGCUGUAUGUCCACAUGUUCCUGCUGGCACGUUUGCACAUGAAGCGGAUCGCAGCGCUGCCAGGCAACGCACCCAUCCAUCAGCGAGCCAACAUGAAGGGUGCCAUCACCCUCACCAUCCUCCUUGGGGUGUUCGUUGUGUGCUGGGCACCCUUUUUCCUCCACCUCAUCCUCAUGAUCACCUGCCCCAGGAACCCCUACUGCACCUGCUUCAUGUCCCACUUCAACAUGUACCUCAUCCUCAUCAUGUGCAACUCCGUCAUUGACCCCAUCAUCUAUGCCUUUCGCAGCCAAGAGAUGAGAAAAACCUUCAAAGAGAUUUUCUGCUGCUCACAUGCUCUCUUGUGUGUGUGAGCAGCCUGUAAGCAAAGAUACGUAUAUCACUGGCAUAUACUCCUUUUGUUUUGCAUUAUAAUCAAUGUAAAGAAAUAGCUAACAUUUACUUUUCAUGAGAUAAAAUCAUGAGGUGACAUUACACCUCACUGAUUUCCCUCAUGUUUUAUCAUGAAGGAGGAGAUGUACAAAUACACGGAACAUCCUCCUCAGCUAAAGUGUGCUUUUACCUUUUUACUAAGGUGGCAUUUUUCCUUUUUUUGGUGAUCCUUUUUUAAAAGGAUAAGAGCACUGAGAUCAAACUAGAUUCUUCUGGAAAUCACAAAUCAAGAGCACAAACAAAAAAUACCACAUUUCCGCUCUUUGCUGAUCUGCUGUUUCCCAUGUCUAGCCCACUCAGCGUAGUAACCACAAGCCGUUUUCAGAUGCUAUUGCACAAUAUUUAUUGACUGAGAUCUAAAAUGCAGGGUGGUACAGCUGUAAAAUCAUUCACUGAGUUAAAAGGGGUAAGGAAAGGCUACACAUUUACAGCAAUGAGGGUAAAUAAUUAUAUACAAAAUUUUACAUAUAUUUAAAAAAAGAGAUGAUUUAGAGCAUGACUUUAAAAUGGCAAAAUCAGGAAAAUGUCAGUCAGUGUAUUUCUCAGGCACAAAAGAUGACACUUGAAGCAUUUCUGGUUUAGAUUUUGUUUAUUUUUAAUUAAUUUGCACCUACAGACGAAUGGGAAAACAAUUCAGGAUGGCAUAGAAUCUUUUUUCUGGUGUGUAUUCCCAGUUUUUGGCUCCAUGAUGGCGAUUUUACACUUUACCUCAUCAGGGAUGCAGUUUUUGUAGACCCUCACCUCUGAUUACCCCUUUGAAGCAGAAAAGAGAUUUUUAUCCCAUAGAUUAACAGAAAGUCACUUUAAUUUUUGCAAAUCAUGAUUUUCAUCUGAGCAAAUAGCUAAAACAGACCCUUUACAGACCUGAUGACACUACUUGCAGUCCACUCUGACUCAUGAUACAGUAUCUGUUGAUUUUCAAUCAAAGCUCUUUGUGGUUUGUGUAGAUAUUUGUGUAAUUCUGCACAUGUGGGUUGUUCUCACUCUCAGCAUGUACAUGUGAUCAUAUAGAGAUCUAUUUUCAUCAUGUUUCUGUAACAGAUUUUACUGAAUGUAUUUUUAUGUAUGUGUUGUGCAACUUGUUGCUUUCUAUCUUUGCCUUAAAUAUGUUGCACAGUGAUGUAAAGAGCAACCGUAUCCUCUGUGACAGUAUUUCAGAAACUGAUGCAAUCAGUCUUUAUAUGUAGGUAAAUGCUAUUUUCAAUAUUGCCUUAUUUAAUUAUGCCUUUUAAAACUUGAAGUGCAUUUCUAAGCUCAUAAAAUAUACACAAAAUAUACACAAAAACUGAUGAUGUGUUUUCUGUUAAAAGCGUCACCUGGAUUUUGAUUCAUGUGUGCUGAUACAAAGGUGUUUGCUCGACCACUGCAUCCUCUGUGAAUCACUGCUGCAAAGUAACUUAAAUAAAUCAUACUGCCACCUCA